UGUUGCUUGGAGAAAGCUGAAGAGGUAUGUAAUGCCUUUACUGCAGAAAUGGAUGUUGAAGAUACCUUGAAUCAGCCCUUGCCUCCAUUGAAUAAAUCGGCUUCUCGUACUUCCAUCGAUGAAAGUAUUUCAUGGUUCCAUGGGAAAAUUACAAGAGAUGCAGCUGAGCAUAUUUUAGAUUCAAAUGGAAAUACCGAAGGCCUUUUUCUUGUUCGUGAAAGUGCUUCAUCGCCCGGUGAUUAUGUUUUAAGUCUUAUCCAUAAUAAAUCCCCAAUUCAUUAUCAAAUUCGUCGUCAUGGAGAAGAUGCUUUUUUUAGCAUAGAUGAUGGGCCUAUUGUUCAUGGGUUGGAAAUGCUGAUUGCAUAUUAUCAAGAUAAUGCUCAAGGAUUAUCCACCAAACUGGAACAGAUAUGCAAGGGGCAACCUCCUCCAUCUGAUACUCGAAGGCAUGGCCGUACAAAUCUUUUGCAUCGUGCUACAAAAGAAGGGGAUUUAACUGUAGUAAGAGAGCUUUUGAAAUCUGGUUACCAUAAUUUAGAUGCAAAGAACCAAGAAGGCCGGACAGCAGUACAUUUGGCCAGCAUUAUGGGGUUUGAUGAUAUACUUGAUUUAUUGUUAGAAGUUGGGGCAAAUCCAAAUAUUAGAGAUGGAAGUGGACUCUCGCCUUUGCAUUACGCUUGUCAAAAAAAUCAGUCUUCAACAGUUACUGUUCUCUUGAAAUGGGGAGCAAAUCCUCAGCUUCGUGCUACUGAAUCUGGAUGGGUACCUUUGCAUUAUGCUGCAAACCAUGGAUGUUCUGAUACUGUAAAAGAUUUACUAUCCCUGAAUACUCCAUGCCAUCCACGGUCAAAUUAUAAUGAAACACCUUUGGAUCUAGCUACAAAGAAUAAUCAUCAGGAAUGCAUAUCCUUGUUAAAAAAUUAUGUUCCUCCUCAGCCUAGUUCCACCAGAAAGUAUUGGUUUCAUGAUAACUUAGACCGUGAAGGAACAUUACAGCUUUUUGAAUCCAAGGGAUUACAAGAUGGAAUGUUUCUGGUGCGUCGAAGUACAAGGAGAAGGGAUAUUUAUGUUCUUUCUGUGGUGCAUAAUUCCCAUACAUUCAAUUAUGAAAUUCAGCGCAAGGAUAAAUUUUAUUUCAUUGAUGAUGGGCCUUACUUAGAUUCUUUAGAACAUAUUAUAGAACAUUAUAGUAGAAUGGCAGAUGGUCUUCCUACAAAUUUAAUGUAUGCAGUUGCCCCAGAAGUCUGUAGUGCUCCCACUUCUAGGAAUACUGCAAUUGAUAAUUUAACAGAAAAUGUUGUUUAUAGUAAUUUAGAAGACAGUAUUAAUGGAGAAUCAGCAUUAACUGACACACAUAAAACAGAAAGUUCCUCACGUCCGAAUUUAAUAUGCAAAGAAUCAUUAAAAUUAGGGCUACCUGUUGGAGAAGGUGAAUUUGGUUCAGUUUUAAGAGGAAAGUGGUUAAGCCCCAAAAAUAUUGAAAUUGACGUUGCAGUAAAAACUCUGCGAGAUGAACAAAUGCAAAGCUGUAGAGAGGAAUUCAUUCGCGAAGUUGAAGUAAUGGUAGGGUUAAAUCAUCGAUGUGUUGUUAAACUACUUGGAGUUUGCUUAGGCCCACCUUUGAUGAUGGUACAAGAAUUGGUACCAAUGGGAUCAUUAUUGGAUUAUCUAUUAGAUUACCCAACUCAAAUAAAUGUUCAAGAUUUACUUUUAUGGUCUGCUCAGAUUGCUUGGGGUAUGACAUAUUUGGAGAGCAAGAGAUUUGUUCAUAGAGAUCUAGCAGCAAGAAAUAUUCUUUUGUCUUCUAAAACACAGGCAAAAAUAAGUGAUUUUGGUUUAUCCAGAGCAUUGGGAACUGAAAGUGAAUAUUAUAAAGCAAGCACUGGAGGAAGGUGGCCUGUGAAAUGGUAUGCUCCAGAGUCCAUAAAUUAUGGCAAUUUUUCACAUGCUAGUGAUGUCUGGAGCUAUGGUAUCACACUGUGGGAAAUAUUUACAUAUGGUGAACCACCAUAUGGUGAAAUGACUGGAACUGAAGUUAUUCAGUUAAUUGAAGCCAAUCAACGUUUAACUAUUCCUGAAGAUUGCCCUGAGAAAAUUAGAAGGAUAAUACAGCAAUGCUGGUUGUACAAUCCUGGAAAGCGGCCAACUUUUAAACAAUUGUAUAAUUUGUUUUGUACAGAUCCGGAAUACUCUGCAUUAUGGGAACAUUUUAAACUAGCAGAAUAAACAUUUCCCUUUAAUAUAUAUUUUUGAUGUAUAUAGUGAUAUGAGAAACAAUUUUUAUUUUUGUAUCAAUAUUUUAUUUAUCAAACUUGACACAAGACUGUUUUAUUUAUGUCAUGUCUAAUUGUACAUACAGCAGAACCAUGGUUAUCUGAGGCUGUGUGGACCAAUGUAACCUAUAGCCUGUUCAGUCCAAAAUUAUAGAUAUAAAUAUUUUGCAAAUUUUUGUUAUUAGAGAAUAACUUGAAGAAACGUAAGAGAGAAAGUGAGGAAAGGUGAGAGAGAAAUUUAUGAUUAUUGUUUUGAACUUUCUCAGAAAUGUUCCUUAGAUUUAUUUUUAAGUGGUUCUUCUCUUUGCUGUGAUGUUUUUUAGUGAUCUUAGCAUCAAGAGCACUGGCUGGUGUGUCUAUCUAAAAAAAUCAUUCAUUUGAUAGCAUUUACACCACCUAUAUCAGAAAUCUUGCAUAGACUUUCUUUAUGCACAAUAUAGUUACUUGAGAUAUUAAUACAGUUAAUAUCGUACUAAUAUAGUUAUUAAUGGCAAAAUAUUGUUAUUAUUAUUAAUUUUUAAUAAGAAAAAUUGUGCGUUAGAAGUCAGCUUCAGAAAAUCCAAAACCUUAGUUACUCUACUGUAUUAAUUUUCAAUAAUUCUGAAAAUUUUUUUUAUCUUAAUAAAAAAUAUAUUGUGGCUUCUUGCUACAUUACUAUAUGUAAGAUUUUUGGCAGUAUAAGCUUUGUAAUUGUUAAAAAAAAGUAAUGCUGCUAACUUUUAAUAUAAAUAUUUUUAUAUUCCUUAUGCUUUUUUAUUUUUAAUGAUUAUUUGCCUCUCAUUGUUGUUUUUUUAACUGUUUUGUCAUGAAAGAAGCAAGUAAAUCCAUGUAGUCUUGUAAAUGCAAAUUAUUUGAAUUUUAUUGUUAUGCUUUGAAAAGGCUAUAUGCAAUGAAAUUGCUUUUCUGUGAAAUACAGGCAUAAAUUAUUUUUAAGGUAUGAUAACAGAGAAUAUCUAGAAUUUUAUUAACUGGUUUUUUAUAAAUGAUAUAUCUUUUAUUUAUUAUUAUACAAUGUAUAUAUAUGCUUUUUAAAUUAGAUAUUGUUUUAAAUUGACAUCCAUUGGUGUCCAUAUGCUUUUGAUGUAAUUAAGUGGGUUACAAACUAUGUGUUUAUGUAAAUAACUCUCACUGUUCUAAAUUUUUUUUAAUUCAAAAUGUCUUGAGCAAACAUUUUCUUCAAAUGAUCUUUUGUUUUUUUGGGUUAAAUGCUCUUCCUGAUAUUAAAUUUUAAACACUUGGCAAAACAUGUUUAAAUAUGUCUAUUUUACAUUUUUUUCUUUUCAAACCUUUUCGUAGUAAAUAAUGAAAAGUUAAAAGCUUAAUAUGUUGAUAGUAUUUAAGCUUACACAUUUUUAACUUGGCUUCAGUGCAGUAUUUUUAAUUUCUAUACCAUAUUACAAAACUGUAUACUUUUGUUGUUGUUGUUGUUGUUUAAACUUUUCUCCUCAUCUUGCACUUAAAUUUCAUAUUGUUGCAAACUAUUGGAAUUAGUAAUAGUGGAAAAAAUGAACCUAUUGAGGUAUUAUAUAAACUUUAAUAUUUAGCAUAGAGAAGAAAUGCUGUGAAAAGCAAAUGUUCAUUGAAGUAUUUGUUUUAAAUAUUAAAAAUUUGUCAGCUAAUUA